GCCCCGAGGGCUUCAGCUGCACCUGAAGGAUGACUCUGGGGAGGAGCCCAUGGCGCGUUCUGACGUAGCAUACGCGGCGCUGUUGAUGGACGACCACGAUCGAGGGAUUCGAACGCUUGGUCAGUCUCUCAUCGACUCGCGCACCUCGGCGGACCUGGUGGCUAUUCUAGGCGCUGGGGUGACCAAGGUGACCGAGACAAGGAUGCGCGCUCAGGGCUGGAGAAUACGAAGGCUCGCCGCGGGCGGCGUUGACGGUGAUGGGGGGGGUGUACAUAAACUGGACAGUGCCAGCGAGUCGGUGCUGGCGCAUGCUUCCGUAUGGGCGUUGACCGAUUACAAGCGGGUGGUGUUGCUGUCGGACAACAUGCUCGUGGUGGAGAACAUCGACGACCUUUUCCUGUGCGAGGGGAUUUGCGCAGCGAUGCAACAGGCGGAGGUAGUGAGCACGUCGCUCAUCGUGCUGGAGCCCGACCUGGACAUCUACCAGCACAUGUCAAGAUCUGUCGGCACCAUCUACAACUUCUCGAACAACUUUCAGGGUUUCCUGAAUACCUACCUGGCGGGAUUCGAGACGUGCGCGUUUUUCGACCUCGAGAACCCCUGCUUACAGGACCCAUCCACAGAUCCGAACCGUGGCCCAGACGCCCCGCUCCUAGACCACAGCUGCCACCGCCUCCCAACUCGCUACAACGGAGACCUUGCCCUGGUGAUGCUGAACGGCGGCCUGGGCAUGGUUAGGACGAAGAACGCCAUGCCCGAGGAGUGGUGGCGGCAGCGGAGGGCUAGGGUGGUGCGGUUCGAGUUUGCGGGCCUCCGGCCGUGGAUGUGGUUCGCGUCGCCGUUUCUGCCGUUCGUAUCCACGUGGGAGAGCACACACUUGAGAGCAAAGCCGGGCGAUCCAACCCCCAGCGUGUUCUGGGUGGUGCUGGUGUGGUUGGCGUUCGUCGCGGCUUUCCUCUUCGGAGGGCGUGCCGUGCUUGUCCCCGUUGUUUCCGGCAGGAUUACCAAAGGGGAAGCGCCUUCCAAGUGCGUGGGGGGUUGGCGAGCGUGGGUGCCACGGGCGCUAGCAUGGAAAAGGAAGCGGCGAGGGAGUUCGGCAAGCAGCUACAACCCUCGAGGGUUGCUGUGGAGCCUUGUCCAUCUUGCCGUCGGAUACUCGUCGCUCUUGUGCGCUGUCGCGGUUGGCGUAGUCCAGGUCCCUGCUGCCUCUACCGUAAAGAUGAGCUGGAUCGUGUUCAUCACGUGGACCGGCACCCUGUUCGGGACGCUGUGGUCUGCCUACCUCUGGUUCAUCUCCCGCCAGCCGCAGCUGUCCCCCCGCGCCUUCAUGAUCGGCAACGGCCCCCUCGACCUCGCCAGCAUCAACACCAACCUCUGCCCCGUGCCCGGCGGGGGCGGCGGCGGCAGCAGCACGGACCCCUUCAAACCCAAACUCACUGGCGGGGGCUCCGCGGCAGGGAGCGUUCUCAAGGUAGGGGGUGUGGUCACGCCGUCCCCCUGGCGGGAGAGCGUGACAAGCCUGACGUUGUUGGUGGCGGUGUUGGCGUUCCUGCCGGCGUGGAAGCCGAUGUCGGGGGCGGCGAGCCUGCCCACCUUGCUGGUGCCGGCAGCUGUUGCCCUUGUGGCGAUGUUCGUGGGGUUGACGGUGCAGAUGGUCCGGCUCCCCGUGCUGUGGUGCGAUCGGCUCAAGUUCUUGGCGCUCAUGGAGAAGGAAGGGCUGCGGCCGUGCGGUAGCUGUGGUAGGGUGGACUACUAA